AUGACACUUACCAGCAAAGACGUUUACUUCACCAACAAAGUCGAAAAGAUCCGGGACCAAUACAACUUGUUUUGGUCGUACCCAGAGGCACAGGCCGACGUUGAUGCGUACCUGCGCGGGGAUCAAUAUCACGAGUAUCGAGAUGCCCAGAAGUGGAUCAAGAAGUCCAACUGUUUCCAGCCGGACGAGCUGCUGGAUUCAGACCCUGUGGUGUUUGCACAAAACGACAAGGCCCUCAUCAUUGGCAACCUUCACUCUUUUGAUACGCAACAGCACCCCAAGGAUCCCAAAAAGGCCGGCAUGUCCUUCAUCCAUCUUCUUGGUAUUCCCAGGGCGCAGAUAUUCAACGGGGUAUCAUUGACUCCAGAUAACUGCAAUAUCAUUGACGAUAUCAUUAGCCUCUUUGAGUCAAGGUGGGGCGUAGAAUGUGCCAAUCAUUCCUUUCGAACUCAAGUUGUAGAGCAUCAACGCAAUGCUAUCAAUGAAAACGCACAAGUACAGAUCAAGGAUGUUGAAUCAGACAGAGAUUCGAACCCUCGACGGUUCCAGGAGGAGGUACAGAAAGCCAAAGAUCGAGCCACGGAGUCGACCAACCGCUGGGACUGCCUGCAGUCUGUCGCCCGCGAACUCAAGGUUGAUGACUUCAACUAUGGACUUCAUCUUUGGCCCGACCAGUCCGUGCCUCAUCUACACGUGCAUGUUGUUGCACGUCCGUCGUUCAUGCGUCAGUUCUCAACCAAGGAACACGACGAAAAGACGGUGGAUGCACGAGAGUUGCGAAAUUUCAUACUUCCCUAUGGAUUGGAGGAAACAGAGCCUCUAGACGUUGAGGUAACGUCCGGCUAUCCCUAG